AUGGUACACCUGCCUAAGGUGUUGGUGACUGUACAGCAGGAAUGCAGCACGUCCAUCUGGCUGACCGUGACCUUCACCAUUGAAAGAUACAUCGCCAUCUCUCAUCCAAUAAAGGGAAAGGUGUUGUGCACUGUUUCGAGAGCCAAGAAAGUGAUCAUGGUAGUGUACUUCCUGUGUUUUGCUCUCACUGCAACCACUCCACACGAGUGGGUGGUGGUUACCAAGCUACGACCAGACACCCUCGAACCCUACCUGGCCCUCGACUUCAGCAGGUUGGGACAGGACUCCCGGUACCGUCACUCCUACUACUGGUUCACGGCAGUCACUUUCAUUCUGCUGCCGCUCUGUCUGCUGGCUGUUUUCAACUUCUUCCUCAUCCAAGCAGUGAGAACGAGUAAGCUACAUAGGAGGAAGAUGACAAUGGUAUCUGAACGUGAUCACUACAGUCACCAGCAGGAGCACAAGAUCACUGUCAUGCUUAUUGCUGUGGUCAUUCUUGCUCUCCUCUGCCAGAUGCCCACUGCUGUCCUUCUGCUGUACAGAGGUCUGGGCAACAUCUUCAACCUUCUCAACGCCAUUAACGCCGCUGCUAACUUUCUCCUCUACUGCGCCUUCUCUGACAAGUACCGCAGAACCUUCUUGCUGACGUUCGUACCGUGUGCGUACCACCAGCAGCCUCAGGCACACUCCUUCGUGGCUUCCGUCACGGUCGGUGGGAGAGGCUCUGACACCGCCUCUAUCAAGUCGGUGUGCCGGAGGGUGUCUAAGUCGUCCACUCCCUCCCCGAUGCCACCCAGGGACCCGACUACACGACUGACGUCAGGGUCGUUCAAAGAAAACGGAGUGGGCUCCUUGGACGCACGGGUGACUCUACAAUAUGGGUACGCCCGCAGCCCACGUCACCACCUAACACUCAGUCCCCCUCCGGAGGCACGCCCACUUAUGAAUGACGCCCACCAUCACCACGCCCACGCCCUCGUUAGUAAACAUUCGCACGUCUCACCCAUCGUGUGCACCAAGCGAGCGGCUCAGGCGUUCGGCAAUAGCUGCAACCCUGCUGCUCUGAGUCCUGACACGAAGGUGAUAGAGGAAUCUAAUCAUCGCCAGAUUCUCCAGGACAAACUACACAACGGCAUGAAGGUCGACCUCGGAUUGAGGAAGUUGCUCCAGGGAGUUGAGGGAACAAUGGCGACAGAGAAAAACACAACACCUACCUCAUCUCUGAGCAGCGUGGACACCAAUCCUCUCGAGUUCAAGUUCAUCGACGACGAGAGCGGCGAGACAAGCCGGUCAUCGCCCACUUCAACCACCAGAGAGGAGGUGGAGGAUAGUGGAGAAGCAGAGACUAAACUCCCCGUCUUUACUUCGCAGGAUGGUGGCGGGUCACACGCACCUGCUUGUUCCAAACUAACUCCACCCAUGUGUUUGGCAGAGUCAAGCAGCUCGACCAUACUUUUGCCUGAUUAAUUAUUCGAAUAAUAAAGCGUAUAGAAAAGGUUAGAUGUGAAACUCUCAAAUACAAAUCACUUCCGUAGUUGUCGAUAAUAAACAGUGUGAAGCUAUCAUAUCUAAAUAUUUUAUUAUAAAUAGAUUGCUUUUUGUCUUUGCAAUAUGACAAUCACAGCUCGCUAUGUUGUCAAUACAUAAUCACGACUCGUCAAAUAAUAUUCUGUACAUCAUCGUAAUAAUACUCGAUCUUAGAAACUCUUCAUAUAUAUUUCAGAACAUGGAACUGAAAGAGGUAAACGUAAUGUGUGAUAAGUUCGUUAGAUUUAAAGCCUGUGGACUACAUAUAACACAUUAAUCCUGCAGUUCGCCUGUACACUUAAUAUAAAAAAUUAUUUUAUUCUUAAAAUGGAGAGUAAAUUAAACUCUCACUGAAGAUGCUUAUCUUUCGGUGUAUAUACCCAAAUACUGAAUGUGAUUUUUUUUCCACAGAGUCAGAGUUUCCUAAAAACUUAUGUAAUUAGCUGCAUUUCAGUCGCUACGCGAUCUGAGAAACCUAUCCUUAUAUACAUUACCUCAGCUCCCUUGGCCUCAACCUGCGGACUCCCAAGAGGCAGGGAAGCUGCAGCAAAGCUCCCAGAAGAGACAAUAGGAGCUAAUAGCUCAAACCACCCAAGCGGUCUAGGAGAUGAACAUCAACACCUAGAAGGCCCUUCCUCCAAGGAAAGGGCUUGGUGAGACACUCACGAUUCUAGGAACUGAACUUGUCUUUCCUCUCCCGGGAUCGAACCUGGUUGCUUCUCAUUUCCCCAGGGGCAGUAUUUUAAAACCACCCCACUAUGAAAGUAAUAUUUAUAUUACCUUAAAAAACACCAGAAAUCUUAGUGCAACACACUGGAGAGGUCUAGCACCUUUAGCUUAACAUCCUCGAAACGCUUCAAGAAUUGUCUCUCGACACCCUUAAGAGAGCCAGCAACUGUAAUAAUCCGAACAGUUUAUAUAAUAUACGUACAUCAGAGUUAAAGGUCUAAGCCCAGAAAGUAGAGAUGUUCUUAACACAAUCAUUUCACGUAUGAGCCACAGGUUGGUAAACCAAACUUGUGACGUAAUUUGGUUAUUUUUACUACUGGAUACAAAGGCAUUUUGUCGACGGUAAUAAAGAGAUGACGGGGACAAAACAAGUUAUUAUUUCGAUAUUUCGUUCUACAUAGAGCGAAACGUUUUCACAGUUGGGAUGGAAAAUUAGGGGCAAUGCAGUUUGAUCCCCCUUCCCUAUCGUGUAGUUUGGUUAAGCAUUGCUAUAUCUAUGUAAAUCUAUAUUUUGCUAUCUUUCACACAAAAAUGGCCGGCAGUGAUAAACUCCCUUGGUCUUGCUGGUACAUAUUGCUUAUUUCCCCGCCAUCCGAGAGAAUUGGAUGACUCUCGCAAACCAAAA